AUUGAGUUCAAGGAGAACCUUGAAAAUGAAUUUAAAAGAGAAAAGACGAUCUUGAGGAUGAACGCAAGAACUUCAAGGCCAAGCAGGCUAAUCUGAAUGGGGAAAUUGACAAGCUCAAAUCCACAAUAGAUAACCUCAAGGAUGGCCUUAUGAAGCAGAAGUUGGAGUACACCAGGGAAGAAGCCAUCAUUAACCAGAAGUUGGUCUUUAAGGACGAGAAGAUCUCUGAGCUGCAAAAGACUAUCAAAGAGAGAUCCCAGGAGUACCAAAAGAGGCUUGAUGCUCUCAGAUCGGAUCUUUACAGUGAAUCCCAGCAGAAAAUGACCUAUCUGGAGGAAAAGGACCAGAGAUUUAGCGAGAAGCUUGAAGACAAGGCUGCCAUACUGAUAAACCUAGAGUCAGAGAUCAUCCGUCUUAAAAGUGAACAAGAGAAAGAGACCCUGAUUUCAGUACAGAAGGUCUCGUCGCUUGAGAGUAAGAUGAGCAUGCUCAAAGAGAAGUACAAUAAAUAACCAGGACACCAUUGGGCAGCUAGAUAAUGAAGUACAACAACUAGUCAAAGAAAAUGAUGACCUGAAGACCAAGCUCAUCGACUUUGAGAGAGACUACACUGAGCUUCACAGCAAUCAUGAGCGGGAUAAAGCCAUCUGGGAUGACAGGUGAGAGUUCCUCGAAAACCAGAGGAACCAGGCUAAGCGGGACCUCGAAGAUGCGAGCCAAAAGUUUGAGAUUACAGUAGAACAACUGCAGCGGAAGGACUCUUCAGAGAGAGGGAAGACAGAGAAAAGCCACUUAAUCUUGGCCAACAACAUUGAGAAGAAGUACAAGGAUCAGAUCAAGGAUAUCAACAUGUCGCAUGAAUUCGCGAUUUCUGACUGGAGCUCUCGCUACAAAAGCUUGGAGAAGGAAUACGAGGAACUGAGCCAGAAGUACAAGAUAAAAUCCCUAAGAAACAUCUCAGAGGAUCCCUUAUGAGAGUCCAAGAUCAGAAACUUGCUUGAGUCCGAGCAGUACUAUCAGGAGGAGAAUAAAUAAGCUCAAAUCUCAGCUUGACAAACAAUCCUUGGAGAUCCAGUUGCUGCUUGAGAAGGAGAAGAUCAAUUAUAAGCAAAAUUUAGAGAUCCCUGAGAAGAAGUGCAAGGACUUAGAGUCCAAGAGAAGCCUCAAGGAAUUUGAAGUUGGAAAGGAGAGAGCCAAGUGGGCCCUCGAGAAGAACAAAAUCAAUCAUGAGUACGAUUUACUCAAGGACAAGGACAAGAAGAUAUGUCUGGCAAUCACCUUGUAGUUGGUCAGUAAGAAGGAAAGCCUCGAAAAGGAACUGAUGAAGAUCAAAAUUGAUAUUAGAGAGCGCUGCAAGGUCAUAUAUAGUGGGGGCGUUAGCUCCUCAACAGCUACCAAGGAGUUGGCUAAUAAGAAAGUCAAGACUAUGAGCAAUGUAGACUCUCCGUAGG